AUGAGCGGACCAGGAGUCGGUCAUCAGUUCCCCAGUCAGGACGUGAGCUGGACGAAGAGGGAUGUCCUCCUCUUCGCAAAUAGCAUUGGAGCGAAAGCUGACGAACUUCAUUUCCUCUACGAACUUCAUCCAAACUUCUCCGUGUUCCCUACGUAUCCCAUUAUCCUCCCAUUCAAGCUCACAACCCAAGAAGUGACAGACUUCUACGCCCAAAAAUCCGGAAGUGUCAUCCCCGGCGUGCCCGCCUUCGACAGUCGCCGUGUCGUCGACGGCCAGCGCAAAAUCACAUUCCUCAAGCCAUUGCCUGUCUCCAGUGAGGGGCGCAAGUUUGAGCUCCGAAGCUCUGUUGUUGGCGUCUAUGACAAGGGGAAGGCCGGCUCGGUCGUAGAGACUGAGCAGCGGAUUGUCGAUAAGGAGACAGGGGAGAUUUAUUCCAAGGCUGUUGGGAGUGGGUUUUUUGUUGGGCAGGGCAAUUGGGGUGGGCCGAAAGGUCCCGCUUCGGUGAACUAUCCCCCUCCCAAGGGAAAGAAGCCGGAUGCUAUCUAUGAGUACCAGACUGAUGCGCAAACACCGCUGCUUUACCGGUUGAAUGGAGACUAUAACCCUCUCCACGCAACUCCAGAACCAGGCAAGAAGAUGGGCUUUGGCGGUGUCAUUAUCCACGGUCUCUUCAGCUGGAAUAUGGCUGCGCACGUAAUCCUGAAGACUCUGGGUGGCAGCGAUCCCAAGAAUAUCAAGGAGUUCCAGGCACGAUUUGCGUCUCCCGUGAUCCCCGGUGUCAAGCUGAUCACCGAGAUAUGGAGGACGGGAAAGACCGAAGGUGGAUUUGAGGAGGUUGUGUUUGUGGUUAAGAAUGGGGAGGGCAAGGUUGUAUUAAGCAAUGGCCGGGCGCUGGUUCAUGUGGUUGGAGGGAAGAGUAGGCUGUAA